GUCUGAUAUCGCAUUUUGUGCGUGUAAGAAUGAUUGUAGAUACUUUUUGUUAUCGCACGAAGAUAAUUCAUCGCGAUCUCGCCGCUAGGAACAUCUUAAUUACGGAAGAUCACGUUUGUAAGGUUGCCGAUUUUGGUUUUGCGAGAGAUGUUAUUGAUUCUCAUGUUUACGAACGUAAAAGUGAAGGAAGGCUUCCAAUUCGUUGGAUGGCACCUGAGUCUCUUUACGAUAACAUCUUUACUGUUAAAUCGGACGUCUGGAGCUUCGGAGUACUUAUCUGGGAAGUCGUCACGUUAGGAAGCACCCCGUAUACAGGACUUUCUGCGGCUGAAGUUAUGAAAAGGGUACGAGACGGUUAUCGUCUAGAGAAACCAGAACAUUGCAGAAGAGAGUUAUAUAAUAUAAUGUACUACUGCUGGGACAAAGAUCCAAAACAGCGGCCAUCCUUUGAGGAGUGUGUGGAGCUGUUAGAGAAACUAAUAAUAAGUGAAACUGACUAUAUAGAAUUAGAGCGGUUUCCUGAUCAUUCCUACUACAAUAUGACCAGUUUAAGCGGAGAGAAGCUUUAAUAGAAAGUUUACUGUUAAUUACGUGUACUUAAAACAACAGUUAUGUACAUAUUGUACUCAUUCAUUCCAUUAAGUAUAGGCAAGUAGGUAGAUAUUCAUUCUAGUCUCUGCGCUAUUUGUAAGGAUCACUUAUUGCUCACUCCAUACGGUUGUUAACUUCAAUAAAAAAUUGCAGCUUGUU